AGACUCAAUUGUCAGUGGCAUAAUGGAGAGCUCAUUCAUUGCAUACAGCAGUUUAUUUGCAUCGUACUGAGUGGUCUAUGGGAUGCAGCCCAGGGAAGAAGGCUUCACUUGGGCAGUUGUAAAGUGAACAUCCACACGCAUGAACUCCGACACCACUUUCAGUACGUCCGUCAAGGCAUGAUUUCGGGUGACGAUCACAAGGGUAUCAGAUUGCUGAGGAAAGACGUGAUGAGUAGUUUACAGGCUACUGAAAGCUGCUGUUUUCUCAGCCAGCUCCUUCAUUUUUACAUGGACACGGUCUUUAUCAGCUAUACUAGCAGCCAUUCCUUACAUCGCAGAACCACCAGUGUCUUGGCCAACUCUUUUCUCAGUAUCAGCAAGGACCUGCGAGUGUGUCAUGCAAAUGCACACUGUGAGUGUGGUGAGAAUACCAGACUACAACUCAAGAGCAUUCAAACGGCAUAUGAAAAGCUUGAUCAGGCAGCAGGAACAGUAAAGGCUAUUGGAGAGCUGGAUUCACUUCUGGAAUGGAUAGAAAGUUUCCAACAACAAUGACAACACAAGACCCCAUUCGAUUGAAUCUGAAUAUUUAUUAUAUUUAUAAU